UUCAUGGGAGUGGAACCAAACCAAAGUCAGAGCCAGCCGAGACUACAAAAUUGCAGCUUCCAUUUUCCCCAAAUCACCAAUUUCACCAAUCCACCAUUGUCUACAAAUCGACUCAUUCGAAACCAAUAAAGAAACCCCAUUUUCCCACAUGUCUUCUGCUUCCUCUGACCUUCUUCAUUUCUCUGCUCUCUUCCUCUCCAAGAAACUCACACACCCUCUGAACCAGUCAACCACACAAUGAUAUACAAGCAGCCCAUUUUGAACUGCGUUCUGACCAUCGAUUGAGCAUUUGGUGCUUAUCCUUAUUAGCUUCAAACCAAGGCAAGAAGAAUAAACAAUUGUAUUUCUAAAUCGGCUUGCGCAGCCAUGGUACUGCCGCUCCUGAAGCUUGGGACUUUGCUCCUAAAAACUCUGAGCAAACCCGUAGCCGCCAGGCUCAAACAGCAAGCUGGGUUGCACCCAAGGUUCCGCCAGAUCAUCGUCAGCAUGGCACAGGCAAACCAUCAAGUCACCACAAGAAUGCAAAGACGGCUCUAUAGUCAUGCAACUGAUGUUGAGAUUCGCCCUUUGAAUGAGGAGAAGGCUGUGCAGGCUGCUGUGGACCUUAUUGGGGAGCUCUUUGUUUUCUCGGUUGCAGUAGCUGUUUUGAUCUUUGAAGUGCAAAGAAAUUCUAGAUCAGAAGCCAGAAAGGAGGAAUUACGCAAGCAAGAACUGGAGACAAUGAAGCAAAGAGAUGAAGCCUUAUCAAGAGAAGUAGUACUUCUUAGGGCAAAAUUUGAAGAACUGGAGAAGCUUGCGAAGGGACGAGGACUUAGUGGUAUCAUCAACUUCAAGCGGGCUGAAACAGAAGGUGCAAAGACAGAAAAACCAGCCUGAUCUGGUCACAAGAUUCAUAAAAUAAAUCUGGUUUUCAACCCAAUUUUAAUUCAUAGAAUGCUUCCCUCUUCACAGAGGGAAAAAUUUUCCCCCUUAAUUCUUUUAACCAAGGGUCAUAAUUUCAGAUUGGUGACCGGCUUCACUGUUUCCAAAUGUAGAUUAAUAUAACUGAAUGAAAAUUUGAGGGCUCUGUUUGAUUUGUAUAAACAUUGUUAAAAGGAAAAAAAAAAAAAAAAAGGAUGCCAAACUAGUGAUGGCUAUGGUGGUUUGGCAUCAUUGUUCCAUCCAAGUGAUGGAUCAUUUGAAACA